AUGGGCUUGCUAUCGUCGGGUGAUAAGGAAAAAAUUAAAAUAGCAUUACCUAAGUCAUUCAAUAAAAUCAUUUAUGUUUCAGUAGCACGGUUAUACAUUGCGUAUCCCAAUCCAGAUAAAUGGCAAUAUACAGGAUUGACAGGUUCGAUUGCAUUAGUUGACGAUUUGGUUGGUAACACCUUCUUUUUUAAAUUGAUUGACAUAAAUGGGAACAGAGGCGUUAUAUGGGACCAAGAAUUAUAUAUUAAUUUUGAAUAUUUCCAAGACCGUACAUUUUUUCACACUUUUGAAUUGGAAGAUUGCAUGGCUGGUUUAUUAUUCGAAGAUAUCGGCGAAGCUCAACAUUUUUAUAAAAGGGUUGUUAAAAGAGAAAAAUAUGCAUCCAAGAAGACUUUAUCCAAUAAUAAUGCCAUCGCAUUGAAUAAGAGCAAUAACGGUGGAGGUAAUAAAAGUAGCUCGAAUAGUAAUAUCCAUGGACCAAGGGGGGAAUCCUUGAUCAGUGAUCAAAGGCAACGAUAUGAUUAUGAUUCACUGGCCAGAAAGAAAGCCCCACCUCCACCUCCACCUUCAACUGCAACCACUUCUGCCACUACCAAUGUUACUAGAAAUAACAGUUCUAAGAGUGCUGCUAGGAAUGAGAGUACCAGUGCAAACACGCCGGAUGUUCCGGCUGAAAGUACCUCAUCUGUUCCAGUGGUCCAUCAUGUUCCCCCACCUCCGGAUCAUUACGUUAAUCCAACACCGUCAACAAAUCCCGAUUUGGAAAAAAAUCGACCUGAAAAUAACAAAACAACACAAUCUGUUAAUAUGGAUACUAGAUUUGCUUUCCCAAUUCCACAAAUGAAAAACUUUGGUUCUUCUAUUUCGGCGGUAACACCUGUAGCUGCAGUACCCCCACCCUUACCGGCGGGCAACAGACCAGCGCUGCCUCAAAGAAAUGUGCCACAACCAUCGUCGCCGGUUCUGCCAAACAGAUACAAUGCAAUUCCUGCAGUUGGUGGGGCAUUUCCUCCACCAUUACCUCCAUCUAGAAGAGGACCAGUUCCGGCACCACCUCCAAGAAGAACGACAGCAGCUCUGCCAACCAUAAAUGGAUAUACGCAGCAAGAACCUUACAACAAUACCAAUCUUGGUAGAGCUGUUCCACCUGCACCUCCGAAACGAGGACCUGUUCCACCGCCCCCUCCGCGUGCGGCUAGACCCACACCCAGUUUACCUAAUCGUGUGCCAUCUAAUCCUGUUAGUUAUGGCCAACCACAGCAAUAUAAUGACUAUAACACACGACUACAACAACAACAACAACAACAACAAGAGGUUCCAUAUGACCAAAGCGCUUACCCUCCCUCACAGAAUCAAAUACCUAUGGCACCACCAAUGCCAAGUAUGGGUCAAAGUGCUGCUGCUCCACCACCACCUCCACCACAAAUGCCGAGUAUGGGCCAGAAUGCUGCUGCUCCACCACCUCCACCACCAAUGCCAGGUAUGGGUCAAAGUGCUGCUGCUGCUCCACCACCACCACCACCAAUGCCAAGUAUGGGUCAAAGUGCUGCUGCUCCACCACCACCACCGCCAAUGCCAACUAUGGGCCAAAACAAUUCUAACAAUAGUUCUGGACUUACAGAAACAACUGGAGAUGCUGGUAGAGAUGCUUUACUGGCUAGUAUUAGAGGCGCAGGCGGUAUUAAUUCAUUGAAGAAAAUCGAUAAGUCACAGUUGGACAGGCCAAGUGUGUUAUUACAAGAAGGAAAAGAUAAUAAGCCUGGCGUUAAUAACAGUAAUGGGGCUAGUACAUCAGGAGGUGGUGGCCCACCUUCUUUGGCUGAUGCAUUGGCUGCUGCUUUGAACAGUCGGAAGGCAAAAGUUUCGUAUAAUGGAGAUGAUGAUGGUGGCGAUUGGUAA